AUGCAGUCGGGUCCAUCAAGCCAUUUUGAAUUGGGGCAAGGAAAUAGCUCGGCGGAGCGGUUUGUGCAGAGCGCUCGUGUCCGAGGUUGUGGCGGCGAAAGAGCUCCGCGACUUGAUGGGGCCGGGGAAAUGAUCAGAUGGAUGGUUCAAACCAGACUCUCGCCGGCCUACAAGUGGUCGCAGCCCAAGGGCGUAGCCCUCCUCAAGAUCCUCCUUCGCCUGGCCGAGGUCUCAACUUGGGAGACGCAGGUGGGGGAACAGGAGAAAACAGACGAAAGUUCCCUUGCUGUCGUCGCCGCUCCGUGUGGGGAGCAACAAAGGGGGUUGCCUGCUCUCAUUUCCGAAGCAUCGUCAAUAUCCGCUGUUCUCCAAUUCGUGACACAGUGCGCUAAACACAAAUGUACGGCCUACCCGAAUCGGUCAAACGCAUGCGACAAACGCCGUCACGUCCUCGCCGCAUUUCGACUGGCCGACUGCCGAAUGUGGAAUGCUGCGACAUUGUACGAAACGGAUCUCGUCAUAACGAUCUGUGCGAUUGCUAACGCGAUUGCGAUUGCCCUAGCCCGUUACUUUGCGUGGGUUUCCCAUUGCGCACUAAGUCGGAUGGCGGCAGGAUCUCUCCAGAUCUUCGAGCAGGCCGGCCACCGGAUCCGGGAAUCCGGGAACCGGGGAUUCCUGGUGUGGCGGAUGAUGAACUUCGCCCGUGAUCGUGAAAACAGGGAGGGUCUUGGCUACAGUGAGGAGGUACACUACAUACGCACUCUGGAACUAUACAUACCACAUCUCAUUAUCCGCGAUAGGCGGGCGGGUCUCAGGUGUCCAACAUUCCCAUCGGCGUCAUCAGUCGCGGCCGGCCCAGCUGAUCACGGCCAGUAA